AUGCCGAGUCUCGACAUCCCCGGGGAAUUCCUCAGACAUGCUCUUCUAGCCACGGUUGUCCCGCAUGAUUCAGAUGUCGAUUUGGAAGCAGCUCUAACGUCUGCCCUGGAAAAAGGCGCAGAGGAUGUAACAUCUGUCCUCUCCCUGAUACCACAGCGCUCCCUCCUAUUCUUUGAUGAGUUCUGUACCGUUCGCGUCGUCCUGAGGCUUUCCAACUGCUCGCCUUCCAGCUUGAAACAGCACCUUCCACACCUCGAGGUCCGACUUGAUGCCUUUGCUAUCGACCCCGCUGAAACGGUUGCGGAGAAUCCGACCCCAACCCGAGACCUCAUCUUCUCAGGGGUUGUAGAUUCACAGGAGCCAUUGGUGGUGGUGAACGAGUUUGAGGGAGAAACGGGCGGUGGGAAUCAUGUAUACGUGAUUUGGAGUGUUAAAGCAUUCCUCAAACGGCCUCGCAUACGCAUCCAACACCCUUCCCUCCUCUUCAUCGCCGCCGCCACUCUCAAUCCAGCAGAAAAUCGACAGCAAGAAUCUCGCGGAGAUGACUAUCUCCCCCCUCUUAUCCCUGCAUCGGCAAACAUUCUACAGCCACUAUCCACCGACAAAUCCUUGGACCAAAAAGAUCCCUUCCUCCCAGCGUCUAGGCUUCUGCGAGUUGUACCUGCGAAAUACAGUGAAGAUCCCAUAUAUCAUAUCCAGCAACACUCCGGGCAUCCGAUACGGAUCGUCCCCGCCGCUAGUGCCAGGAUACGAUAUUCUCGAUUGAAUGCCUAUAGCGGACGGCCUACUACCGUUGCCAGUCUUGAUUUCGAAGUGACGCCUUUCCUUAAUUGCGAUGUCACAUUCGACAAGGCAAAGCUUCACAUGUCAGAUGGGACGAUCGAAACCCUCUCGGACGCGCCCGGCCUGGUCCCACCCAUUCGAUGCCUCCCACGAGAUGAUGUCACCCUUAUAUACAAGUUGACACCUGACUAUGCGCCAGACCCAAAUCCAUCAACAACUGUGAUGGUCAGUGUUUUGGAUAUCUCCUUGGAAGCAAUCAUACAUCUGUCGGAAAACUGUAACCCGCGGAUCUUGAUGCAAUGGAGGACCAAUGUCGAUUUCUCAAUGGUUCUGAACCCGACCUUUGGCGGACCUAGCCAGGCCUUACAACGAAACAACCGCCCUGCAAGUCUGCCUAUGACGCCAAAUCAGAGCAACGGCGUAGCGGGAACAGCCACGCCCAAUCGAAGCUCCUUAAGAGAGAGAGCUUAUUCAACAGCGGACCUCGGUGUAUCCGUUUCAUUUAGUGGCCCCCCGCAUGUGGAAGUAGGAAAGCCCUUUGCGUGGAGUGUCUUCAUCGUAAAUCGAUCGGCCGCCUCCCGCAAAUUCUCCAUGGUCGCUAUCCCUCGCAGGAAGAAGCCAGACCCAAGGGGACAUGUAGUGCGACCAUCUUCUUCAUCGGCAACGAGCCGUAAGGACGCCCAUGUUGCGGAAGCUGUGACGGAUGACAACAUUGUUCAUGCUCUACAGAAGAGUGUAGCCGGUCAGGAAGCAGAGCUCAUCUCUUUGAGUACAGAUGUUCGGGCUGGUCCCCUUUUACCUGGCACCUGCUUUGCGACCGAAUUAAAACUGCUUCCCCUGGCGGUGGGGGCACUUCGUCUGGAAGCCGUGCGCCUGGUGGAUGUGAACACGAACGAAAUGAUCGACAUUAAAGAUCUCCCGGAUAUCCAUUCCUUUGAUAGGAAGGGUAACCCAAUUGAGAUAACCAGUUCAGAAUAG